AUGGCUGUGGAUGUUAAGCGCUCUAUCUCAUUCUCUCUUUCUCUCAUUCCCUUUCUCUCUCUUUCUCUCAUUCUCUCUUUCUCUCAUUCUCUUUCUCUCUCUUUCUCUCAUUCUCUUUUUCUCUUUACCUCUUACAUUCUCCUUCUUUCCAUUGUUCACACUUUCUCUCACUAUCUCUCAUUCUCUCAUUCUUUUGUCACCGUCUUUUUCUCUCUCUCUCUCUCUCUCUCUCUCUCUCUCUCUUUCUCGUCAUCCUUCUCUCUCGUUCUCGACAUCAGUCUCUGUCUGUCUCGCAUGCCCGUUCUCGCUCUCGUUUUUUCUUCCUCUCACACACCCUCACUCUCUUUCUCUUUCUUUCUCUAUCUAUCGAUCUAUCUAUCUAUUUAUCUCUCACUCUGUCUCUUGAUAUCCACCUCCUCUCUCAAUCACGUCCUUUCUCACAUUAUAACUCCCUAUUGUUCUCAUUCUCUUCCUUAUUCUCUGAUUAUUUCGUUUUCGGCGUCUCUCUCACUCUCUAACUCUUUCUCUCUCGUUCGUGUUGUCUCGCUCGCUUUCUCUCUCUCUCUCUCUCUCUCGAUCACCCUCUCUCUCGCUCUCUCUGUUUCUCUCUUACGUUCUCGCUAA